AGGUCGAGGGAUCGAGGUCUCUGCAGCCACUUUGAGGAUGAAGUGUCGUCGGCCACAUAGGACUGGUCUCAAGGAUACUCUGUGUGAUGUUAAGAUUAUCAAGGACACAAAGAAGCUGGUCACCCUGAUACGGGGCUUGGUUCAGAAGUACGGCCUCCCUACCUGUCCAAUGUCGACAGAUCGACCCGGAAGUGAAAGCUCAAUAUCAACAUCCCCGCAAGCGAGUCCGAUGAACCUCGACGCAUAUUCGGACGACGGCAAACCAGCAGCGUCGGAACAUCAAGGACUGGGCAAAGACGGCAUCAAGGGGCAAGGGGGCCAAGUCCUCAAGCAUCAAAGAAAGAAGAGAGAGAUCAGGGUCUUUUUGUCCAGUACGUUCCUUGACUUUACAGCCGAGAGGGAGAUUCUGAUCAAGAAAGUGUUCAAUGAGAUAAAGAAGAUGUGUCUUGAUCGCGGUGUGUUCUUCAGUUAUGUCGAUCUCCGUUGGGGCAUCACUAGCGACCAGAGCAAUGACGGAAAGACACUUUCGAUAUGUCUCAGAGAAAUUGACCGAUGUCGUCCCUACUUUCUUUGUAUUAUUGGUGAUCGUUUUGGUUGGAGUCAAAGGGAAGGCGAGGUCGAUGAACUCCUCAAUAAAUCCUACGACUACGCCAUCGCAAACUUCAACCAUCUGAAGUGGAUUGACGAGUACAGAUUCAAUAGCAGUGUUACUCAGCUGGAAGUUCUCCAUUCGGCUCUCCGAGAUAGAGAGAAUGCAUCCGAUAAGACGUUCUUCUAUCUAAGGAAAGCAAAGACGAAAGAUGAGCUUUUGAGUAAAACUGGCCACGAACCUGAAUGGAAGAUAGACCAACAGAAAGAAUUUCGUCAGACUUUAGAGGAAUCUGGUCUACCAGUCCGCCAUUAUGACGUUGCCGAUGAUGGCACAGAGCUUAUUCGGAAGGAUUUAGAAAUGUGUAUCAAUCAAGAUUUCCCACCCGAAUCCAAACUCACUCCUCUUCAACGGGAACACGAAGCUCACUUGUCCUUUGCCGAAGUCCGCCGAAGAGUGUACAUCGGGCGGGCCGAGUACUUCACGAAAAUCGACGACUAUUUUGCUGGAAAUCCGAAGUUACCCUUCGUGGUUCUCGGUGAAUCUGGGAGCGGGAAAUCGGCCCUUGUCGCAAACUGGUGUGGCCGAUUUGAGGAUGAACAUCCUGGUGAUUUCAUGUUCAUGCAUUUCAUUGGUAGCUCUGCGGACAGUGCCUCACAUCUCAGAUUACUACGAAGACUUUUUGAAGAAUUAAAGCAGCAUUUUAAUAUCGACAUGGGUAUCCCGACAUCUGAUAAAUCCUUGGCCCAGGAUCUCCCAAAGUGGUUAUCACUGGCCGGGAGUUGCGGCAGACGAGUGCUUAUUGUCCUCGAUGCUUUGAAUCAACUGGAUUCGGGCGCUGCAGGAGAAGGAGAUGAGCUUGAGCUAAAAUGGCUACCUCUUGAGCUCCCACCAAAUGUGCAAAUGCUUCUUUCUACCUUACCGGGGAAGGCGUUGGAUGCCGUAAAAUCGAACAACUGGCCAGUAUUCCAUGUUCAUCCCUUAAACCAAGAAGAGAAAGGCGAGAUCAUACGAUGCUAUAUGGAACUCUACUCGAAGAACCUCAAUACUGAACAGACAGAUUUGAUAGUCAAUGCUAAACAGACCUCCAAUGCUCUUUACCUAAGGGCUUUAUUGGAUGAGGUGCGCGUUUAUGGUUCCUUCUACCAAUUGACUUCAUCAAUCAAGAAUUAUCUAGAAGCACAGGAUCCUGGUCAACUGUUUGUCAAAGUUCUUGAACGUCUAGAGUCUGACUUUGAACAAGGAGAACACGGAAGGCCUAACCUCGUUCGGGAUGCAACUUGUGCUCUUUGGUGCAGUAGCAGAGGGCUGAGCGAAGAGGAACUGACAUCAUUUCUGCAGGUUCCAUCACGUAUUUGGUCGCCUUUCUACCUCUCCCUCGAGGAAAACCUUGUUAACCGUAACGGCAUCGUAAACUUCUUCCACGAUCAUCUACGACAGGCUGUAGAGAGGAAGUACGUCUCAGUCCAUGCAGAGAAAAGACGAAACUUCCUAAAUCUUGCCGAGUUCUUUGAAAAGCAGGACAUAAAUGAGAGAUAUGUGGAAGAGCUACCAGGAUUGUUGAUGGAGCUGAGUGAUCUUCCUCGACUCAAGAAGGUUGUCAUGAUACCCAAGGCAUUCCAGCUUCUCAUGAACACAUCAGAAGGCAAGGUUCGACUCAUCCAAGCCUGGAGAAUGCUUGGAGGUUUUGAGCAAGCAGGACAGGCCUACCUUGAAUUCGUCAACCAUUCUAAAGCUUUCAGUGAGGUCAAAGAGAAGGAAUCCCUGCUAGCCUGUCUCACAGACUUCUUCACAGAACUGGGUAUCCUCAAAAUUGCCAGGCAAUUGAAUGAGAGGCUUCUGAGUACACUGGAAGACCUUCAUGCAGGAUGUGACGUCUGUCAUGUGACUCAUCACGUGAGAUACGAGACCAAGAAAACAAGUAGACAUCGUGAUGUCAUUGAAAACUUGCUUGAGUUGGGUAUCGUAUGUCAGAAGUUAGCCGACUAUACCGCCGCCACUGCCUACUUCGAGGACGCCCUCAACCGGUUGUCUCACCCUGAUACAGUUGAACAUCGCCUCCAGAUGAUCAAAGCUCUUACUGGACUAGGCCAAGCGUAUAGUAUGACAUCACAACCGUUGGAGGCUCAACGAUUCUACCUGAAAGCCCUUGAGAUAUGUGACCAGGUUCUACCAGUCAACCAUCACUACACUGCCACUCUAAAUGGACUGAUUGGAGAGUUACACCAGAACCAAGGAAGAGCAACAGAAGCGUUGCAAUACCACAUCCUUGACAUACUAGAGACUCAACGCACUGCAGGACUGGGGAAGCCACGGGUAGCUGCCAUCUUGAAUAAUAUUGGGUUGUCUUUGAUGGACCUCGACCCAAUGGGAGAGGAUGCCCUUCCGUUUUUUGUUGAGGCCUUGUCAAUACUCAUCGAUGCUUAUGGACCGGUGCAUGUCGAUGUUGCUUCUGUCAGAAUGAACAUAGCUGCCUACUUCUUCAAUGCCAAGCUGUACAAAUAUUCUCUCUUUCAAUAUAAGAGAGCAUUCGAGAUAUUCAAGGUUUAUAUGGGAUCUCUCCAUCCCAAGUCUCAGGAAGCCAGGCAAGGACAGAAAGAGUUGAGGCCGUUUACCAUGGUGCAAAAAUAAAGGAUCUUCCAAAUCAUUGCCUAAUGUUGAAAUAUAUGUUACCUCUGCUAAGCUAUCAAAUCUUACUUUAUAUACACCACGUUCUUAUAUACGUUUUGUUUACUUUGAAGUACAUUAUAUGUGUAAAAUGCGCAAUAAAGGAAGUAAGUAUUAUUUCAAUAUUAUCAUUGUAAUUAUACCUUGUGUGGUAAAUGCAAUUGAAUUAUAUCUUAAAGAACAUUGAAAUAAGAGUUCUGUGGUGCUGAGCUAUCGAAGAGAAUGUUGGUGCUUACAUGCAGAUUUUAUUUUUUGACAGUACACUCCAACAGGGGAUUGGUUAGAAAAGUCAAUCUGUUGGCGAUUAUGAUUGUGUGUCCAACCAAACAGUGGUCAAUCCUGCCUGAAAUUCUGGUAUAAUCUAACCAGGAAUUGAAUAUGGCUGAAUUUAUUUCCUAUCAUAUUGGUAAACAAUUAAGCCCCUAACUAUGUUAUAAUGAUGGUCAUAAAAUUGACAUUUAUAAAACGCUUUUGACAACAUUGUAUAAAGCGCUGUUUAAAAAAUUAUACAGGGUGAUAUACACUUGCAACAUUCUAACUCCAUGCUUGCUAUGAUUCCAUCAAAUAGAAAUCACAUAUUUUCUUAUUUCCCACCUUUUUAUGGGGGUGUUUGGGGGUUUUUCCUACUAAAACUCAAAUCGACCUUCAUCUUAAUCUAUUGUUAAUAAAAGCUGUCGCUAUUUGACGCAUCCAAUUGAAGUAUGUUCUUUGCCGGGCAAAUCUAUGUAAAGUUUACCCGCUUUCACGUAGGCACUCGCUCAGGAAUGGCUCAUCAAGAAAACCCAGCAACAUAUUUUGUUUACAACGACUAUCAUUAGAGUCCAAAAUGUUUCUUCGAAAUGUAACCAAACUUGUUUUAAAGGUUAUGACACGUAUGAAUAGAAAU